AAAAAUGGUGCGGGCGGGUAUAGCGGCGCGAGAAAGAGACGAACGAAAGGCGGGUUGGCCGAGACCGCUGCCUUCUUCUCUUCGACUUACGCCGAAUCGCGACUAGUGAACGUCAGCGUUCUGACGUGGACGGCCGUAUCGCGUUCGCCGGGCUCCGUUUGACAGAUACAAAAAAUAUUGUUUCGCGCGUCUUUUGACAGAUAAAACUAAACUUUUUAGUGCGUUCGGAAACUGGACUGUAUAUUUUGGUGUUGUUUACUGGUUUUUACUAUAAAGGAGACAUACUUGCAGUGUAAUUACCGGCUUGGAGUGGCCGUUGAAACGAUUUAGAGUGAUGAAUCAGCGAACGCCGGCUAAUUAACAUCGUCACUGUUACGAAAACAAAUCUUAAUACUUCCACCUAUUAUUAAUUGAACAUUUUUCGGCGCUGUGUUCCGGACGGCGGCAAGCUGUUUUACCCCUACCUGAAAACGUCCUCCCUACAAAGGGACUUUCUAUUUGCCAGUGGCUCCGGUAACCACCGAUGGGAUAAGAACGAGUCGGGAUGCGAGGCUGAUAUGCUCGAGGGCGCGGAGGGGGGUCGGCACUCGCCGCCCCGGCCGCAGCAAGAGCCCAUCAACCUCAAGAAUGAGCAGGCGGAGUCGGACCGUGAGAGCGGCGCGAGCUCCCCGGACGGCGGCGGGGCGCGAGCGCCGCUCGCCGAGCCACGCUCGCCGUCCCCGCGCGCGCGCUCGCCGCACCAGCCGCACCAACCGCACCAACCGCACCAGCCGCACUUGAAUGGCUCCAUGGCAUCGAUGUUCCAAAACCUGCAGAACCUUGCCAACAUGCAGCAAAGUAUGCCGCAACAGAUGCAGCAGCAAAUGUCCCAGCAGAUGUCGCAGCUGGCUGCCAACCUCCAGGGCCUGACGUCAAUGCCAUCUAACCCUGUCAUCAAUUCACCGCUUAACUUGAGCGUUAGUGCUCCAGGCAUGGGGUCGCCCAACCCAGUGGCGAACAACAAUAUGCUUCCGCCUGCGAUGCCGUCACCGAUGCCGCAGCUCAUCCUGGCUUCGGGCCAGCUCGUCCAGGGGAUACAGGGGGCGCAACUACUCAUACCCACCUCCCAAGGCAUCGCAACUCAAACCAUCUUAACGAUCCCGGUCAACCACGUAAACUCGAACGACCAGAUGGUGAACUUAGCAUUAAACAACGGCCAAGUCGUCUCCACAUCGCUGGCCAACCUCCAAGCGAUGGCCCAACCUCACCAACUACUCAAUUCCAACCCGCAACAAACGCCAAACAUUCGGCCAAACAUGCUGAACUCUACGUUAUCAAAUGCUCUGCUAAACCCUGGUUUGCCAAACUUUCUGUCCAACGGCGCAGCCAAUGCCCAAGAGUUGCUACACGCGUUACAGCAACAGCAACCUCAGUCGAACCACAACCUACUGCAAACAGUUCAGCAAAACAACCAGCAACAUAUGCCGCAAAUGCCAGGCAGAAGGUCCUCGUCUCCAAGGCCUGAGAGGCAUUACAAAGAACGGGAAAACUUCGAGAGGUACACGGGUGUAAAGAGAGAAAGGAGCGAAAUAGACAACGCGGGAGCAGCAGUUUUAAAUAAUAUUAACAGGCUGGCAUCAUCCAACGGUGAGAUCACCAUCACGACGUCGCACUCCACCGCCGGCACGACCAGCAGCGCUGGCAGCGUUGGCUCCGGACCAACGGCCUCGCCGCAUCCCCCCCUCAAACUGUCCCCCAGCUCCGUGAAGUCCCCACCUCAAGAUGACGGGGAUUUGCUCGCUGAUUCACCAAAUCAACCAACGAUUAGCCAAUCAUCCGGCAACGUGGUGGACGGCAUCAACUUAGAGGACAUCAAGGAGUUUGCCAAGGCUUUCAAACUGCGACGCCUUGGCCUAGGGCUUACCCAGACCCAAGUGGGGCAAGCUCUCUCCGUCACCGAAGGACCCGCUUAUAGUCAAAGCGCGAUAUGCAGUGCCCUGGCUUCGCAGAUGCUAGCAGCUCAGCUGUCUUCACAACAACAAAACAUAUUUGAGAAAUUGGAUAUAACUCCAAAAAGUGCGCAGAAAAUCAAACCGGUGCUUGAACGUUGGAUGAAGGAAGCAGAAGAGAGGUACGCAUCAGGGCAGAACCAUCUCACGGACUUCAUAGGGAUGGAGCCGAGCAAGAAACGCAAACGGCGGACGUCGUUCACUCCUCAAGCGUUGGAACUGUUGAAUGCGCACUUUGAAAGGAACACCCAUCCGUCUGGCACUGAAAUAACCGGCCUAGCCCACCAGUUGGGCUACGAACGGGAGGUCAUCAGAAUAUGGUUCUGCAACAAGAGGCAGGCGCUCAAGAACACCGUACGGAUGAUGUCCAAGGGAAUGGUCUAAACCACACGUAGAAAUAAAUAACCAACACAUAACUGUUAAUGAAAAAUGAGUUAUAAUCAUCAGAUUAUGUUAACAUCGUACAGUAAUAUCCGAACUAAUUAAAACUGAUGUUAAGUCUUAUCCAAGAGUGAUACUAAAAUAUGGACCGUAUUUUAAUUAUCAGCAUGUUUAAACUGCUCACUGUGGGAGUGUUCCCUAAAGGAGAGGUUUUUGGAGUUUAGAUUCUCCAUGAUACACCUACGUGAGUUGGCGGAAUGGGUACCUAAUAAUAUUUAACUUUAAGUGAUGAUUUGCUAACUGUGGCCCUCAUAAAAAGGCACAAAGUCACUCAGCGGGCGAUGGAGCGAGCUAUGCUUGGGGUUUCUCUGCGUGAUCGAAUCAGAAAUGAGGAGAUCCGCAGAAGAACCAAAGUCACUGAUAUAGCUCAGCGAGUCGCGAAGUUGAAGUUGCAAUGGGCAGGCCACAUAGUUCGAAGAGUCGAAGGACGUUGGGGUCCCAAGGUUCUGGAAUGGCGAUCCCUAGGUGGGCCGAAGACAUUAAGCGGGUUGCAGGGAGCCGCUGUAUGCUAGCAGCUCGAGACCGUUUUGUUUAGAAGUCCAUGCAAGAGGCCUAUGUCCAGCAGAGGGCGUCCGUCGUCUGUUAAUGAUGAUGAUUUUCCAGAUGUAAUUGAUAAUGGCCGGGACCAACGAGUUAACAUGUUCUGCGGUGGUGUAACACCACCAAUACCUAACUCCAGGCUAAAAUGUUUUACUGAGAAUUUCUUAAAGGAAAGAUCAAGUCUAAGAAACCCGGUAAACCCGGUACCUCGUGAUCCAAUAGUGAGUUAAAGCAAAUCCUUAUUUUGUAAACCAACUCUUUUUAACCGUUGUAAUAGACGUAUUUUGUUUGAUACUCGCAUAUUCUAUUAUGUCCAAAAACCCAUAUUUGGUGAGCCUAUAUUAUCACUUACAGGAAACUAGUGUCCUAAUUUUUGGAGAAUUUUCCGCUGAUGUUGUCAUGGCAGUCAGUCGAACAGUUCUCCUUUUUAUAUGACAUCUAAGACAAAUAUUGAGUUAGAUAUAAUUGAUGAAAUCAUGUCUAUGACCAUAUAUUAGUAUCGCACUUGGUAAGUAAAUAAGAAAUAUUACAAAGCUUAGCAAAGGCAGCUAAGUGUGACUUUUCGCUCACUUGAACGCAAAUCUCAAAGUUGUGUCUCGUUAUUGCGAGCAAUGAGCGUUUUGUCCAUAUAAUAAAAUCGCAAAAUUAUAUACAAAAUCGCAGACAUGUUCGCCUUUUUAUAAUUUGCAUUACAAUAUUAUAUACUUGCUACGUAAAAUUUCUUUCCGAACUGGCCUUAUUCGAAUCAUGUUACGAUUCCAGCCAAUUUUAGUGACGUAAUACGAUUUUUUUAACUUAAAUAAAAUGUAAAUUAACAUUUCGACUGAUAUAUUCGUCUCGACGUAGCUACUUUUACAAUGAUAUAUAAACAGUAGUUUAAUAUAGGUGUUUAGUACAAAAUCAAAAACAAUUCGAUCGUCACAAUUUGGUAUACACUUUAUAUAUUUAUUUAAUUAUGUUUAGCACUCUAUGAGAGACAGUGGUGUGUACAACAUUUUUCAAACUUCUUGAUCUUAGGCUCGAGCAAAGGAACCACGAACAACCCUAUAAGACUAUUUUUUAUUUAGAACUAGCAGUGGAAUUCAGUUCUUCACAAAUCCCGUGGGAACCAAUAUUUUUUCUGUGAUGAGAAGUAGUUAAUCUAAAGUAUUGUCUUCGUUUCAAAUUUCAGUCUAAACGGUUCAGUAGUAGCGGCGUUAAAGAGUAACAAACAUCCAUACAAACUUUCGCGUUUAUAAUAGUAGUAGGAAGUAGGAAGUAGGAUUUGCCAUAUCCUGUGGCCAAUACAGCUUCCAUACUAAAACAACAAUUCAGAAUCCAGGACACGUCAUCCUUAAAUACAAUGGUUGAAAAAUACACGCAGUGUGUUUCGGAGGCCAGCGAGUCGGCCAUUCCGAAAAUCUCCCUAAAGAUGCCAGUUGGUAAAACACUGGGUGGACGGAUUUAUAGGCUGACCAGAAAAAUAAAAGACCUAUCCAUGUUGUGGAAAAAAGGAACUAAUAAUAUCUUCAGUUAGCUAGGCACCCCAAUAUAGAUUUUCUAUGUUUCUGGUGGUGCUAUACAAUUCUUUUUGUUUUAAAUUAUAGGGGUACCACUUAACGUGGCUAGUGCCUGUCGCACGGUGCCAUAGCAUGUUGCGACAGUUACUGCAGUUAUACUUGCCUUCUCAGAAUACAAAAAAAAACACUUCUGUAUUCUGAGCUUGCCUUAGUAGAUAUAGCCUGACCCGACAAAAGUACCUCACUCUGUUGCGGAAAAAAAUGGAACCAAUCACCAUUCUAACUACAAUCCAAGUUUUCUAUAUUUCUGGUCAGGUUAAAUAAUCUUUCCUACAGUUCCUUUCAUGUAGGAUGGAUGAAUAUGACAGUACGUUUCAUACAGGCGACUGUCACUGCUCCCAUGCUAUCUAAAAACACUUUACAUUAGAUUACGGUUGUCGUAGUAUUAUAACGUCAACGUAAAAUAGACCUAAACGGCUUUGUUUUGAACUCGUAAUUUUUUCCUCUGCGCAUUAAAUUUACAAAUGAUGCCCUUGGGAGCUGGCUGUAGAAAAGUGGAUAAAUUCAAGCUUUAAAGUAAGACUUUUAGGUCUUACCUACUUUGAUAUAAACAUAGGCUGAGCCUCGAUACCUACAUACUUACUAAAACAAAAAUGUGGGUGCACGCCACUGUUCUAUUAAUGUGUAUGGCAAUUUGCAACUUUGCAAUAAUCCGCAAAAAAUGUUUUACAAAUUAUGUGAUGGUUUGAAAAAGGUUUUGCUUCUAGAAAUUAAUAUUUUAAAAUAAAAUUUCAUGUUCUAGUAUGAUGCAAAAAUUAUGUAAACCAGUUUGUAUCUAAGCUUUUGGUUUGGUUAGUACAACAAUGAUUUCUUUUAUUUUCCCGACAAAUAUAAAAAAUAUGUAUUGCCAUUAUAGCCUUAAUGACCAUGAAUUCUCUAAAUACUCUAUGAUAAAAUCAUGAGCAUACUUACGUAACUUUUUGUGGUUAUUCUGGUAUUUAAAAUUUCUGCAGAUUAUUGCAAAGUCAUUUUAUAGAUUUCAAUUAUUCCUAUAAAAUUAAUAGUGAUGCAAUAAAACGAAAAUCGAUAAAUUUUAUAUCGAUAAAGUGUAUUAGUUUAAUGCAUAAUUUGCCGCUUACCAUGACAAACUAAUUAGGAGCGCCGGUUAAUUUUUAUUUAUAAUAAUGCAUUUUGUAAAUAAGUACAACAUUUUGGAAAUAAAACUCACGGCUAUAAAAGAAUGUAGUUUAUAGAAUACAUUAAUUUAUUGAAAUACUCUGAGUUGUUUCGUUUUACAUAGCGAAUGUUGCACUUUAUAGUUUUAGGGUAAAAUAACAAUAUUAUGAAAGUAGUAAAAAUGUGUCGUCAAUCUUAGUGGCCUAUUAAUUUUCUUUCGAUUAUUAUUAGUUUUUUGUUAAUAGAUAGGUUUAAAAGCGAUAUGUAUAGAAUAAUUACGUGCAUUGUCGUAAAUUGUAAAUAUUGUUCUCGUGAAUUUAGUUUAUUAAAAUGUAUUAUUAGUUCUAUGUAAUUAUAACUGAACUAUAAGUUUAGCUUUGUAAGAUCUUUUUCUAGGUAUUUAAGUUAGAUAUUUGUUGCAAUAUAAUUAUGAUGAUUUUUCAUGAAAAAAAUAUGCCUUCGUUUCCAUGUUUGCAAAACUACGUAUUUGUUCAAUGCAAUUUUCUAUUAAAAAUACAAGUAACAGCAGGUCUGAGUUGGACCAAUAAACAAACUAUACUGUGCAUAAUAUUUGGGCAGCUCCAAAAAAAACUAAUAAAAUUGCCUCGCAUUUGGAAAGUAGAUUUCGAAAUAUUAUACUUAUAGAUUUUCAAAAAAAAUAUAAAAUUAUUAUAUAUGAUUUAAGAGUGGAGUUGCCCAAAAAGUAUGCACAUUUCUAUAAUUUUAUAUUAUUCACUUUAUUACGAUUUUUCACUUAUUGAACUUUACAUUCGAUACUUUUUUUUAAAUAUUUGAAUAUGUACUUAUAAAAUCGUAUUACUUAGGCUUUUAUCUAUGUAUUCAUUAAAUGCUAAUAUAAUUAUAUGUAAAUAAAUAACAAACUCAUUUCAAUAAAGACCCGCUGUUAUAUGUAUAACCGAUAGUAAUAAGGCUGUAAUUUAACGUAUGUUAAUGACCAAUGAAAACCAACUUGUGAUCAUUAAUAUUUGUACUGUUACCUACUACUUAACAAGAGUCGUUAAAAAAUAAUAUUAUAAAAUUGAACAUAUUUUUCGGCUGUUGAAAAAUUGUAAAUACAAUAUUAAGGAUAAUAAAAGAAAACUAUUUGGAUUAAUAUUUAGGAACAAAGGGAAAAAAUAUUAUCAAAAUUUAUAUUUUCAAAAAUUAUUACAAGUGCAAAAAAUGUGUAUUUAAAAAAAGAGGAAUGUUUGGCCAUAAUCAAAAUUUAUCGAGUACGCAUUUUUUAUCGACUACAACACACCACUACGCCCACAGACAAGCAGUACGGUAAACAGUGACUUAAGAAAAAAUUGUGCGAUGCGAUUUUGUACGUAAUGUACUUAUAAUGGAAUCAAGUGUUUCGUAUAGCGACUAUUUCAAUUUUUAAUCGUGUUAGAACUAAAUGGAUACCGUAGAAUAGUAAGUAUAUACAAUAUUCUGUGUUUCACUAGAUACAAUCAGUUUAUCAAUAUCCGAUAUUAGAAUCGAUUCGAAGCAUUCGAUAGUAACCGUGCUUUAAAUAUCGAUACAUUUAAAAAAUAAAAUACGAAACAUUUGACUCCUAACAAACACUAGCGUAAUAGAUCAGCAUAGAAUGCUAAGUACAAAUAAUUAUUUAACGAUAAACCACUAGUCCGUUACAUAUAAAACUAAUAUUAUGAAAUUUUAUUACGCGGCAAAAUCGCUUCGCACCCUGGUUUUCAUGAUCCGCAUGUAUUUAUAAUAAUAAUAGUUUAAAUUACAAUUAUUAAAAGUCUACUACACAUAACUUCAUCUGUAACACAUAUUCAAACCAAACUGUAACAGUAUACCUAUAAUAGUGUAUUAAUUUUUCUUCCUGUAAUGGUACCGAAUGGAUGACUAUGGCUGCGGGAUUCAGAAGAGAAGCAGAUUAAAGGCAGAUAACUGUUUGAACAA